AUGUCUUCCGCCGCACAUACUUACGCUCCUACUGUGGAACCGCCUUCCUACAACGAUGCCGAGGCUUUGGACGGGAUGGCGAACUAUUCCACGCCAGAACCAAGAGAGUCUCAAAUCCCCAACGACUUCAAGUUUUCCACCAAUGUUUCUGAGUGCGAUGUUCAGAUAAGACAGGUGUUUUUGAGAAAGGUCUACUCCUUGUUGUGUAUGCAACUUUUGACGACGUUUUUGACUGGUGCCGUGAUCUACAACAAUACCGCCAUCAAGGACUGGUGUCUGAAUAACAUGUGGAUGUUCUUUGUGUCUAUUGCCGGAUCCUUCGGAUUCAUGAUUGCCGCCUACAUCAAGUCCAAGUCAUAUCCUUACAACUUGCUGUUGCUGACAGGUUUCACUCUGUGUGAGAGUUAUGGUGUGGGUUUGGCGACAUCUCUGUUUGAUAGCAACGUCGUUCUGCAAGCGGUGUUGAUAACUCUGAUUGUGUUUCUGGGUCUAACGAUUUUCACGUUCCAAACAAAGUACGAUUUCACGCAAUGGCAGGGAUGGGCUUCUGGUGCCCUAUUUGCGCUUUUGGGAUUUGGAAUCGUGGGCAUGUUCUUGCCAUACAACUCAGGAAUGGAAGUUUUCUACAGCUGGGCAGGCGCUCUUCUAUUCUCUGUCUUCAUCGUUAUAGAUACGCAGAUGAUAAUGAAGAAAUUCCAUCCCGACGAAGAGGUGUCUGCUACGAUCAUUUUGUAUCUGGAUGUGAUCAACCUUUUCCUCAAGGUUUUGGCCAUCCUCAGCAACAGGGAGAGAAACUAA